GGCAGAUGUCACGAAGUUGACAUUAAUCUAUUGACCUAACCUCACUUUUAACGUUUUCAAAACAAUGUUUUUAAGCUGUUUAAACGUAUAAUUAAAAGAAGGGGCACAUUUUAAACUGUUCAAAAUGGCUGGUCAAACGUCUGGACCAGGGAAUAUUGCCGUACCGACGAUAGAACAAAUCAGCGCAGACAGAAUUACAGAGCUUGCUGAAAAGUACUGGGCCCCACAUUCGAAAGAAAAACACCUAGACUUCGACCCCAAUGUGAUCGAAGACAUUUACAUGCAAGACAUUCGUGGCAGCAACUUCUCCAUUCGAAGAAUCAUGGUUCUGGAGUUCAGCCAGUAUCUAGAAAACUACUUAUGGCCAAACUAUAAGCCUGGAGCCUCAUACUCUCAUAUGUUAUCUAUAGUUAUUAUGGUCAAUGAAAAAUUCAGGGAGCGGGUGCAGGUGUGGCAGGCUUUCAGAAAGCUUGACGAACAUUUCCCAGACUUCUUCCAGCAAGUCUUGCGUGCUUGCUUCGAAGAUGAGCUGUUGAUAAACCUUCGAGAACAGACGUCGCUAUUAUUUUUUCUCAACCAUUGCUUCAACAGUAUGGAAGAAGCGUUGUGCAGGGAUCAAGUCAAACGCCUGGUGUCACUUUCAAUGUGGAUAUCUCUGCAACCAGCUAGGAGAGAGUAUGAAUUUAGAAAGUAUCCCAAGUGGAAGAAAUACUGGAAGGCGAUCCAGCGCAAGGACAAGCCGGAACAAAUGGAGAUGUUGACUUGGGAGAGGACAUUUCUACAUCGCCUAAUGUUGAAGUUCCUUAGUAUUCUUGAUACAAUCACAGUGGAUGGGAUAUGCCCUAAUGAUAAGAUACAUUACUGUGAAAGGUUUUUGGAGCUGCUGAUAGAUCUCGAAGCUUUGCUGCCGACAAGGAGGUUUUUCAACACAGUUCUGGAUGAUUGUCACCUUGUCGUCAGGUGUCAACUGUCAGCACUAAUCAAAAGGCCAGAAGGACAUCUCUUCAGUCAGUCGUUAAUCAGCGGCAGGGUAAAUAUUCUGCAAAAUUGAUGAUUGGAUAAAAAUGCAAACAAAUAAUGAGAAUGACAAGUGACCUCUCUGUUAUUUCCAAAAUUUUGAGAACGAAUAGUCCAGGAAGUUCUUUGAAAACAAGUUUUGAUUAUGUCUUAUUCAAAACGGACUUCUUUUUAACGAAUCUACAUGUCGCCAGGCACAAAAUGGCGUCAACAAUGUCCAAAAAUCGUAUAUUUUUUUCGCUCCAGACAAAGUUUUACUAGGUGAUUUUCAAGGUCAUUUUUAACAAAACAGAAGUUUUCUCUAAUGCACCAGUAGCUUAUUACGCUGAAAACUAAAAUGUACUAAAUUUGAUUGAUAACCGGUACCACAGUGUUUCGUCAAGCAUCAUCCGGGUAGGAAAUUUUUUGGAUACCCGGAUAUCACGCUAGAACUUAUAUGCAACAGCUUUGACAUAUUCGUUCUAGAAAUAAUCUUUAUAUUCCAUUGACAUCAGAAUUUCUGAAAAUCCCUUAUUGACAUGAUGAAAACAUA